AUGGAGGUCAGUAGUGAACAACUCCCAUGCCCACUGGGCAAUACUGGACAUGGUGGAGAAGAGGAAACAGUCAGGAAUGGCUCAUACGACACCAUUUCGAGCCUUCUUCCUGAAGAAUAUGAGAACUCCCACGUGAUGCAACCAGCAUCUGCUAGACCAGUGCUUCCAGCGUUCUGGGGGAACACCCAAGAAUCGCCUCACGUGGCAAGUGGAGAUGGAACCACCGAUGUGUGGAGGGAACUCAACUCGGAGUCACCUUCAAUACUUAGACUUCAAUGCCUUUGGGCAUACUUCAAUCUGCCUGCACUGAGUCUUGCAGACAGUGUUUCCGGUUUGGCGUCCGUUGCUGCACAGACCGAUGGAUUCCGCUCUGUUGUUCAAGUUUCAUCUCCCUUGUUACAUGCGCUCGCAGUUGAUUUGCGCGGUGCAGGCGAAGCUUUUGAGAAAGCAGUUUGUUUGAGAGAUCAGCACAUGAUACCUUCUUUGCUUCUCGUCAGGAAUGUUCCAGCUGUGCGUAUCGAAAGGAGGGCUAAACUGCAACAAAGAAAUCUAUCCGGUAGCUUAUGGGCCAAAUUCUACAACAGGAUUGUAGACCUCCGGACGUUCUCAGCUCUAAGAAUGCUGUUUCGUUCGGAAGUGAGAAAUUCAAGAACGGUUCAGCCAGAAUACCUCCUUGAAGCGGCUAUGGAGGUUUUUGGAGUAACCUAUGGGCACCAAGAGGGAGACGAAAUACUUGAAUAUGGGCAAAGGCAAGACGAAGUAACGGGAAGCACAGCCAUACCGAUGGAUUCUGAAGGAACCCCUGAGAGGGAAAGCCCAAGUUCGCUUCCUCAAGGAGAGCACAUAGAUGACGAUGAAGACAAUAAGUCGCCUCGGAUUGCUACUCUACAUAUGAUGGGUAGUCCAGUGGAGCACAAUUCGUGUCUUCUUCGAGAGCAGCAGCAGCACCUGAAGGAGGCGGAUUACAUAAUAUCAAGUGCUCAAUCUGAAGUGAACGAGUUGGCACACUCAAAGGGGCAUGCUUUUCAAUGCCAUGGCGGGUCGGAUCCCCAACAACAACAGCAUAUGCUCGUCGCAGACACACCUUCAACCGGAGGUAGUGGAAAUCCUGGUGUCAAGAAUUUGACACAAGAAGGCGAAUCGUGCCCCACAGAAAAGUUGCAGGAUUCUGUGGAGACCCGGGAUUACGAAAGGCAGUGUUCAACAGAGAAUGCACAAGAGGGUACAUGCUCGGAUUCACAUCAAUCGGGACCCCAUUUUGAACAGCCAGGGGAUACGCCAUCAGUUGCAAUCAAUGGCGUAACAUCAUCUAGACUGGACGAACAACAGUUGGCGGAAACUAUACAUGAUGGAAAGGCCACAAGUGCGACGAGCAAUGAAACGAGUCACAUGUUUCUGAAUUCGACUACAUCGGAUGGAGAUCAUGAAGUCGGAGAGCAACUAGUAGAUCAACUAGAAGAUCAAAAUUUUCCUGAUGCUGCUGAUAUCGCCCAUGCCAAUACCGUUGAGAGUUGUCCAGUCGCUAGAUCCAACAUCGUAACAGCUGCAGCGUAUGAUGCAGCAAUAGAAAAAAAGCUGCAACAUUGGAUUUCCACGAAUGUGGAAGUGCAGUCUUACGAAGAGCCAACCGCCGUGUUUGAAAGAAGCUAUCCUUCGCACGAAUUCGAAUAUUGGGCAGUUGAGGACAUUCUAGUUACUGUUGAGCAAAAUUACGAGAGCGAUGAGCCAGGGACUCUCAGCGUCAAUUGUGGGGACGAAGUAUUCCUAUUUUCUGUCACGAACACAUCGUGGGCAUUCUGCCGCACGAAGGGUGGCGAGUUAGGAUACGUACCCACUGUAGCGGUCCCUGAUGCAUUCAGAAAGAUGUUUAAGCAUACAAAAAUGUAUGCACGAAAAACUGCAACUGUGGAUCGCUACUGCAAGUGGAAAGGCACUAUUCUUCACCCUGGGGAUCCCAUCGUUAUUCUAGCAGAGCUUGGAAAAUGGGUGUUGGUUCGUGAUUACUCACGACCGUUUCGAGAGGGCUUCAUCCAUCGGGGACGAAUAACAUUUUUGACAGACGUUUCAGCAUAG